UCCGUAGCUAUGAAUCAGUUGUUUCUUGUGCAAAGUAUGUUUACCAAUAUCAUCUGUACACCAUAACUGAGGGCGCUAAAUAAUCGAACUGGCAGCAGAACACGAUCCGCUGUUGGAGACUCCACGUAUGUUUAGCACUAUUUGUUAGAAAUACCGUGGCAACAUGUGUUAGUUAAUGUUACAGCAUCGCUCCGCGUCCAGAGUGAUCCAUACAAAUUUGACUAACAGCUGUUCGUUCAGCGCGCAAUCCGAUCCGUCGACCUUCUUCAGGUGGUGAUCAUUGUACUGCAUGUUUGCAGUUUGACACCGAAAGAAUCUCAAUUCCGGGGGGAAGUGUGUAGCUAACGUCCCAACCACCAAGUGAUCAGCAUGAUCGCUCAAAAUAAUGUCCGGAGCACCAACAACGAUCCGGUAGAAUCUUCCGAAUCAUACCCAAUUACAGGAGGAUCCAACGGUGCGGGAACGUCUCGAUUGUUUAGACAGUUUGGCAGCUUAUUUUCGUCUCCUACACCGCCGACUGAUCCGGCCGGUUAUGUGGAGUUUGGUAGCAUCUCCGAUCCGGCGGCCAGUUCCGGUCGCACAUUGGGAACGUUUGCGGGCGUGUUUUGUCCCGUAGCGCUAUCCAUGUUCAGCGCGUUGGUGUUUAUUCGAGUGGGUUUCAUCGUUGGCAACGCUGGCCUCUAUGUUACACUGCUGCAGUUUAUCAUCGCUUACGUCAUUCUGCUUUUCACCGUUUCUUCAGUCUGUGCGAUUUCGACCAACGGCGCCGUCGAGGGUGGUGGUGUAUACUUUAUGAUAAGCCGCACUUUGGGACCGGAAUUCGGCGGCUCUAUCGGGACGCUUUUUUUCCUGGCAAAUGUGGUAGGCUGUGGUUUGGCAAUUUCUGGUUGCGCCGAAGGCAUUAUACAAAACUUUGGCCCUUCCGAUGGAACUGGCAGCGGCACGAUUCCAGACGGUCGUUGGUGGCGUUUCCUGUACUGCAGCUCGCUCAACACUCUGAUGCUAAUCGUGGUUUUGAUUGGCGCAGAAAUGUUUGCCAAGACGUCCAUGCUGAUUCUUGGUGUGGUAGUCAUUUGUUUGCUUUCCACGUACAUCAGUUUUCUGACGCAGGGACCGAUGGAAGUGAGCAUACCGCACGAGAAUAGUUUGGUGAACUUUACUUCGGCUGCCUACACCGGGCUGCAGGCGGACACCCUGUUGUCGAAUCUGCACGCAAACUAUUCGAAGGAUUACACCUCGAACGGGAACCAGGUGAAUUUUGCCGUCGUGUUCGGCGUGUUGUUCUCCGGUGUGACCGGCAUCAUGGCCGGUGCGAACAUGUCCGGGGAGCUCAAAAAUCCUUCGAAAAGCAUUCCAGCCGGCACCCUGUCGGCGGUGCUGUUCACUUUCCUGUGUUACAUGGCACUGUCCGUACUGAUAGCGGCUACUACGACGAGCACCGUUCUGCAGAAUAAUUUCCUUUUUCUAGGCCCGGUCAAUCUCUGGCCCACGUUUGUGACGAUCGGCAUUUUGACCGCAACCUUUUCUACCGGGCUGAGUAAUCUGAUUGGGGCCAGCCGCGUAAUGGAAGCGCUCGCCAAGGAUCGUGUCUUUGGACCGUUGAUGAGCUUUGUCGUCAAGGGCACGUACAAAAAUAAUCCCAUUGCCGCCGUAAUCGCCAGCUGGGUGCUGGUGGAAACAAUUCUGCUGAUCGGUUCGCUCAACACGAUUGCUCAAAUCAAUUCGGUGCUGUUUAUGCUUUCCUAUUUGGCAACCAAUCUGGCGUGUUUGGGCAUCGAGAUUACUGGAGCACCAAACUUCCGUCCGACGUACAAGUAUUUUUCUUGGCAUACCGCAUUUAUCGGGCUGCUCGGGACCGCCAUUAUGAUGUUUGUGAUAAACUCGAUCUACGCGUUGUCCAGUAUUAUUCUAUGCCUUUUGCUGGUGAUUGCGCUGCACCUGUUUUCGCCGGCUUCGCAGGGCGCACAGUGGGGCUCCAUUUCGCAGGCGCUGAUGUUUCAUCAGGUCCGCAAAUACCUGCUGAUGUUGGAUUCGAGAAAGGAUCAUGUCAAGUUUUGGCGGCCGCAAAUGCUACUGCUGGUGUCCAGUCCGCGCACCUGCUGUCCGCUUAUUCAUUUCGUAAACGACAUGAAGAAGGGUGGUUUGUAUGUGAUUGGCCACGUGAAGGUAGGCGAAUUCGCGGACAAUGAUUCCUCCACUGAUCCUACGAUCGAGGAAUACACCCAGUGGCUGUCGUUGGUGGAUCAUAUGAAGGUGAAGGCAUUCGUAGAGCUAACGCUUUCGAGAAGUGUGCGGGAAGGUAUACAACAUCUGAUACGCAUCGCUGGUAUGGGAGCAAUGAAGCCGAACACCACCAUCCUCGGGUUUUAUGACGAAGAGCAAUCGAAGGACUUUUUCGAGCAUGAGGAUUCCCCGUAUAAAACGAACGAGUUUGACGGGAACGGAAUUCAGCUGUUUCCGUAUCGCAAAAGUGGCGAAUCCAAAUUGCUCGGAGUGGUGGAUUACGUGCGGGUCAUUGAUGAUGUGCUAAGGAUGAGGAAAAAUUUAUGCCUGUGUCGUCAUUUUCAUCGUUUGGACAAGCAAAUGAUUGCGCGCAAUAACCACAUCCGGUACAUCGACGUGUGGCCAGUGAAUAUUUUCGAGCCGAAGAAUGAGGACCCGUUUGAUGUCGUGUCGCAGUUUAUGAUGCAGUUGGCCUGCAUCAUUAACAUGCUGCCGGUAUGGAAGAAACUGGAGCUGCGUGUAUUUCUGUGCGAAUCGGAAACCUUGUCGGAGAACAGUGCUGCAUUUGAACGCCCGGCAGAGCAUAGACUUGAUCAACGGUUGAAGCUGUUAAGAAUUUCGGCAUCGAUCCACAAGAUUCCCGAAUGGAACAAAGACAUCGAUUUUGCGAAGCAUCGCACUAUUCUCAAGCAGUUUACUGGCAACAGUGACAGCAAUCAGAUGAUGGCAGAGGAAAACAUCAAUCGCUCCAAAUUGUAUAUGCAAAGAAUCAAUCAAAUCAUACGCGAUCGAUCCAACGCAACGGCUGUGACCUUUAUGUAUCUUCCGACACCUCCAGCCACUCUAUCCGUUGACUAUAAGGAAAAGUGUCACCAUUAUCUCGAUCUAUUGACAGAGCUUACAUUCGACCUUCCCCCAACUAUACUGGUGCAUGGUAUUGAUGCUGUGACUUCAACUACUCUGUAGGUUUAUAAACGCUAGGUAGAUCAACGGAGCGGCAACCAACUCCUCACCCAGAUAGAUUGGCCUAUAACACUUGGUGUUUUGUUUUCUGAGCAUGUCGCUAGAACUGCAUACUGUCAGACUGAGUUACUUCAGCGAAUGCAGGACACCAUUAUUAGACGUAAGUCGCAAAACAUGCAUGAAUAUGCGGAAAGCUAUUUUUAGGUGUAAUUAGAAACUAGCGUAUACAUACAUUCAGCAAACAGGUAUGCAAUAAGCUUUGAGCGUAAAAUUACCCAGAGCAAUUCCAUGUUUUUCUCAUUGAGUUAAAUUAUUUUAAUCUAAUUAUUUCUACAACGUAAGAACCAUAUCUAUCAUACAUGAAAAUGCAAUAAAAAUGCCCACUGAUGUGUUUGUAGUA